AUGAACAAUCCACUUGGACGCUCUACAUAGAAACCUGAACAAUAGCAGUAGGCACAAAACAAUCAAAAGAAUAGUAGAGCAAAAGAGUUUGAAAAACAACUCCAAGAAGAGGAGAGAAGUAACAUAUCCUCAAUCAUAUUUAUUAGUGUUGGCUCAAUCGGCAGGAAUCGUUAAUACACAAUAGCCAACCACUCAAUAAUAAUAAUAGCCUGCUUAUUCAUAAUAACAAUAACUCAAUUAAUAACCACAAUCUGUAUUUGGAUAAAUAGGUUAAAUGCUGGAUGCCCCAAGAGUAAUACAUUCAACAAUAUUAGAAAUUAUUUUUUAGAAACACCACAACUCAACAAUAACCAACUUAGUAGGCUUAAAGAUAAUCAACCGAUUAGAAUGAGCCAGAAUUUAUACAAACUAAUAUCGUGUAGACCUAUACGACUCGUGACAUUAAGUCUAUUGGACUAGAGAUUGUACAACCUGGAGAAAUAGCUUUAUAGGAACUCAGAGGAAUAUGUUCAAUAGGCUCCCAAUAAUUCUAGGGAAUCAUUGUAGCCACCAAUUAUUAGGUAAUUCAAUUGACUUACAAUUAUAGAUUGUGUUUUUACCUGAUAAAUUCCCAAAGGAUUUUAGAAAGGAUUAUUUUUACGUUCCUUACACACUAAUAAUCAAGGUAGACAAGACUAUGGAUAGAAAGCAAAAUGAUGCCAAUUUCAUUGAGAUCUCAUGCAAGGAUGGUAGAUGGUUCAAAUAUAGAUUUUUGAGGGAGCAGAAUGAUGAUUGCAAUAGCAUAUUUAAUGUCAUCAAUAAGAAUGCAUUCACCUUAAAUAAAUAGACCUUAUUUGCAUUCACAUAUUAUAAGGAAUUCUCCACCUUAGAAACUGAAUUUUAAGGAUGGAAAGUAUUCAACAUUGAAAAGGAUUUUGAGAGAAUGGGAAUUAAUAUCUUAUAAGAGAAUUCCCAAAAUCAGAAUGGAUUAUUUAAAUAUCUAAAUAAUGAGAAUGGAAUCAUUUGUUCUACCUAUUAUAAUAGAUUAGUUGUACCAGCAAAGGCAGAUUUAGAUUGUAUCUAAAAAACAGCCAAAUUCAGAUCCAAAGAAAGAAUACCCAUACUCUCUUAUGCAUUUCCAAUAAAUGGAAAAGUGAUAUCGAUGUGGAGAAGUUCAUAAUGCAGAACUGGCAUUGGAUAGAACAGAUCCACUGAGGAUGAAUGCUAUUUGAAAUAUAUGUCAUUUUAGACUGUUGAUGAGCAGGAGAGUCAAUACGAAGAGAAGGAAACUAGAUUAAGGAUCUAUGAUGCAAGACCUCACAUCAAUGCUAUUGGAUAAUAGGUGGCUGGCAAAGGCUAUGAGAAUACUCUGUUUUAUAGAAGAUGUAGCAUUGACUUCUUGGAUAUUCACAACAUACAUAAAGUAAGAGACUCAUAAACCAAAUUGUUGAAGGCAGCAUUCAAGUAUCUAAUUUCAAAUACAUUUAAGUGAAAAUGUUCAAUUUCUAUCGCAGUUGGAGUAGUCAUAAUGGUAUGAUCACAUCGUGGCCAUCAUCAAAGGAUCUGCAAAAAUAGCAAUCACAAUGACCAGAGAGAAAAUCAAUGUGUUGGUUCAUUGUAGUGAUGGGUGGGAUAGAACUGCUUAAUUGACUGCUCUUGUCUCUAUUAUGAUCGAUGGACAAUAUAGAACGAUUGAAGGAUUCAUGAUUCUCAUUUAAAAAGAGUGGAUCAAUAGUGGACAUCAAUUCUGUCAACGAUCUGCUAUAGGCAAUAAAUAAAAUAAUGAGGAUUCCAGAUCUCCUAUCUUCUUAUAAUUCUUAGACUGUGUCUAUUAGAUGCAGCAAUUGUAUCCACUGUCCUUUGAAUUCAAUGGGAAACUACUAUUAGAUUUAGCUUAUCAUCACUUAACUUCGUUAUUUGGAACAUUCUUAUGCGAUUCCUUUUUGGUAUCUCUUUCUAUUUACUUACUCUUAGGAAAUUCAAAAGCAAAAAAUCAUGGAACAAACUGUCUCUAUAUGGUCUUGGAUUAUGAAGCAAAAAGACAAGUAUAUUAAUGCUUUCUAUAAAAAUCCAUAAUCAAUUGAUCUAGAUGUUAUUAUUCCAGAGUCAUUCACUGGCAAGUCAGUUACUUUCUGGAAAGAGUAUUUCCUCUAUUACUCUUUAGAAUCAAAUGAUGCAUAUUAAAUACAUCCUUAAUGUCAAUACACAAGGUAUGAUUAGCAUUUAUAAUUUAGUGAUAAUAUAUAAGAAAUGUUCAAAGCAUUGUCCAAAGAAAAUCAUGUUUUAAGAUAGGCAUAGAAGGAUCAAGAAAAGUUGGCUAUUCUUCAUCAAUAAAAAUUUAAUUAAUUAAUGCAAAUUAUAUAAGAAACUUAAAAUGAAGAAAUUAUCGAGAAGCUUUAAACAAUCAAACUUAUUUGAGCAAG